AUGUUUAGAAAGAGCUCCGCCAUCCUGCUGGUUGCAGCAUUUCUAGAGGCAUUGCCGGCAAGCGUUGGUGGCUUCUAUACCAAAAACUCUCCAGUUCUUCAAGUGGAUGAGAGCAAUUAUGACAACCUGAUCGCGAAGUCAAACCAUGCUUCAAUCGUAGAAUUCUACGCUCCAUGGUGUGGACAUUGCCAGAACCUGAAGCCAGCAUACGAAAAAGCGGCCAAGAGUCUUCAAGGACUAGCUAAAGUUGCUGCUGUUAAUUGCGAUGACGAUUCGAACAAACCAUUCUGUGGCAGGAUGGGAGUCAAAGGGUUUCCUACACUUAAAGUGAUAACGCCAUCGAAGCACCCAGGAAAACCACUAGUCGAGGAUUACCAAGGCGCCAGAACAGCGAAAGCCAUAGUUGACUUCGUAGUUGACAGGAUACCAAAUCAUGUCAAACGAAUUAAAGAUAAAGAACUCGAUAGUUGGCUGAAGGAAGCCAAUGACACUGCGAAGGCUAUCCUAUUCACGGAGAAAGGCACUACUAGUGCACUUCUCCGAUCGUUGGCUAUAGACUAUCAUGGGUCUAUCAGCGUGGCCCAAAUUCGUAGCAAAGAGACCGCAGCUGUGGAAAUGUUCGGUAUCACCAAAUUCCCUACACUUGCACUACUUCCCGGUGGAAGCAAGGAAGCUAUAAUCUACGAUGGAGAGAUGAAAAGAAACCCCAUGUUCGAAUUCCUCAACCAAGUAGCCGAGCCUAAUCCAGAGCCCGUGCAGGCCAAAUCCAAGCAGACCACGAAAGCUGGCAAGGCCACCACCUCCACUUCCACGCCCUCUGAUAGCGAUGCCACUACUUCAUCCACAGCCACCGAAUCUCCCGAAUCGAGUUCUAAAGAUCCAUCUUCUACAUCACCCAAGCCCCGUCCUAUACCCAGUAUAUUCAGCGACUCAAUGCUGAGAGAGUCUUGUCUUGCUCCGAAAACUGGAACUUGUGUCCUCGCACUCGUGGGAGUGCCUGAGGAUCUAUCGACUGACUCCGUUCCUUCAACGACAGUACUCCAGGCGCUUGGCAGCCUUGCUGAGAUUUCCCAGAAACACUCUUUGAGAAAAUCACACCUGUUUCCGUUCUACACUGUGCCAAGUAGUUUGAAGGAUGUUGAUAUGUUAAAGACUAAGCUGGAUCUCACACGUGACAUCGACAUUGAUGUCAUCGCUGUUAAUGUCAAACGAGGUUGGUGGCGACGGUAUGAUGCUGGGGACGAUGGCGACUGGAGCGUUGCCAAACUUGAGGCAUGGAUUGAUGCUAUUCGUAUGGGUGAAGGGACCAAAAGGAAGCUGCCAGAGGGUAUGGUACCUGAUGAGGAGGAAAAGGGAGGGCCUGAGGACGGAGCCGAGAGAGAACAGAAGAAAGAAUCUGGAGAGGAGCCAGAGCAGAAACCUGUCAAGGAAGAGCAUACUGGCCACAGUGAGCUGUGA